CUGCCGAACUCUGAACCAAAAGAAACUCCAGACUAAUACAAACAACAAUGGCGAUCGCCGCUGGCUCCGAACCCAUCACCGCAGCCGUCAGCGGUGCCGCAUCUCUCCCAAAACUCCAUCUCCACCGUCCGUCAACUCCACCCACCAUCUCCUUCCGAACAGCCCUCAUUUUCUCCCCCAUCUCCAGCAGGUCGCCUCCCCGCCGCACUCCAGCGAUGCCGUUAUUUUCCGGCGGCGGAGGCGGUGGUAUAAAUGGAAUGGGAAACAGCGGAGGUGGAAGUGGCGGAGAUGACGAUGUAGGCGGCGGCGGCGGCCAUGAUGAUAAAAAUAACAAGAAGGCAGCGGUGUUGGUGCUGGCGGAGAUGGGGCGGUCGUUGGAGAGCGUUCCGAAAGACUUGGCGGCUGCGAUCGAGUCCGGGAAGAUUCCGGCCGCCAUUGUGGAGAAGUACUUGGAGCUGGAGAAGUCGGCGGUGUUCCGGUGGCUGCUGCAGUUCGGCGGUUUCAGAGAGCGGCUGUUGGCUGACGAUCUGUUCUUGGCCAAAGUCGCCAUGGAAUGUGGUGUCGGAAUCUUCACUAAGACUGCUGCAGAGUAUGAACGCCGCAGAGAAAAUUUCUUCAAAGAGUUGGAUUUUGUUAUCGCAGACGUUGUGAUGGCCAUAAUUGCAGAUUUCAUGCUUGUUUGGCUUCCUGCACCAACUGUUUCUCUCCGACCACCUCUUGCAGUCAGUGCGGGAGCUAUUGCUAAGUUCUUCCAUAGUUGCCCUGAAAAUGCAUUUCAGGUUGCUCUGGCUGGAACAUCAUUUUCAUUUUUACAGAGAAUAGGUGCAAUAGUGCGUAAUGGGUCGAAGCUUUUUGCUGUUGGGACCACUUCAUCUCUGGUUGGUACACUUGUAACCAAUGCCAUAAUCAAUGCAAGAAAGGCUGUCGAUUCAUCUUCUGCAGGUGAAGUUGAGGAUGUGCCUGUAUUAUCCACUAGUGUUGCUUAUGGUGUCUAUAUGGCAAUUUCCAGCAACCUCAGGUACCAAGUGGUGGCUGGUGUCGUUGAACAGCGAAUUUUGGAGCCAAUGCUACACAAACACAAGCUUCUACUGAGCGCACUCUGCUUUGCUGUCCGGACAGGCAACACAUUCCUGGGUUCAUUGUUGUGGGUGGAUUAUGCUCGUUGGGUAGGGGUUCAAAAGGUUCAGGAGGAUCAUGAGUAGUAUUAGAAGUAUAUUCUAUGUUUGGUUUGUUGUUGUGUUUUACAAGUGAAUAUUGGUUUCUCCCAUUUUCUGGCAAAUGGAUAUCUCAAUUGGAUUUGUGGGUGGUUAUGGGUUAUAGGAUAUAAUUAAUUAGGUUAAUUUCUUGGAUAUCUAUACAUAGUUGAACACUUCGUCAACAUUUUGUAGUUACAUCUUCCUUUUCUUUUUCCCAUCUCAUUCCAGCAUUGUUUUUCCCUUC